ACAUUGUUUUAGAAAAGAGUGUUCCUGUUGUUUURCUGGUUUUGGAAGGUGGUCCUAACACGAUUCGUACUGUACUUGAGUCUGUWACAAAAGAACCUUCCGUUCCWGUUGUCAUUGCUGAAGGSAGUGGCCGAGCCGCGGAUAUCCUUGCCUUUGCACAUAAGUACAUUGGACCAGCAGGAGGAGAAAUGUCUGAUGUUGGAGAUGUAGUUGAGCAUCGACAACUUUUAUAUAAAAUCGAAAAGGCGUUUCCUGAAGUUGAUCGCGACACGCAUUUCACCCUGUAUCAACAAGUUCUCACAUGUGUUGCUAAGAGAGAGUUUAUCACAGUUUUUUGUGUAGAUGAAGGCGAUAUGGACAAAGCAAUCUUACGAGCUUUAUUAAAAGGUCAACGAACGCUUAUUGAAGACCAGCUUAACCUGGCCUUAAUAUGGAACCGCCCAGACAUCGCAAAGUCCGAAAUAUUUUCUGAAGACCAUAAAUGGAAGUCGUGUGAACUAGAGAAAACCAUGAUGUCAGCCUUACARUACGGYCAUGUGGAUUUUGUGGAACUCUUGYUAGAAAACGGCGUUAGUAUGUCCCACUUCCUGACAGAAAAACGGCUCGGGGAGCUUUAUAAAAAGACGAUCGAUGCCAGCCGCACACUAAAAUUCAUUCUUCAAAAGUGCAAGGUCACUAGAGACUUCCGUUUGGCAGACCUGUGUACUAUCACUGACUAUCUUGUAGGACUUUCCUUUAGAUGUGUAAGCAGGAAACAAGAUUCCUUUAUUARACAGGUAUGUAACAGGAACAUAAAAAAUGUCAUUGGUUAA